AUGGUUACGCAGGCCCUAGCCCCCUUCGUGGAGCCAGCCAUCUUGGUGAGCUCCACACGGGCGCAGCGCGGCUUUGACCUGGAAGUGUCCUAUUUGGAAAGAGAGCACAUGGAGCAGCUCCUGGCUGACAAGUUUGCCACCGAGGGCAUUCAGGAACCCAGCUACGACCAUGUGAAGCUUCGUGAUGCCAGAGGAAAGUGGUACAGGCCUGGCGAAGCACCCGAUGUCCCAACACCGGACUUGUUUCCGAUCAUGCUGUACUACAGGCCUCCGAAGCCUGAGCAGUCUGCAGAGAUGGUGCUCGCCAUGCGCCAGAGGAAAGCUUACGAGGGGUUGACACCAACUCAGCGCCGUGGGUUAUCAGAGGUUCAGCGCCAGCUGGAGAGGGCUUAUUCCACAGAGAGCAACGACCUGCUGGACCGCGCAAUGCGGCUGGCGCACUCGCUUGGCCUGCCGCUGGGGAGUGCCGGCUUACCAGUCUCGCUGAUGCCGGAAUCUGUCUGCUUCCCCAAAGGCAACGAGCCCUUGCUGUAUGAUGGGCACCUCUACUCCAUGCAAUCGACUUCCAUGCUCGUUUUUGACCCUCCUGACUUCAGCGUGCCAAUGGGGGUGUGGAAUCCACAGCGUCAGCGUGUUGAUCCAGCUGUGAUGCAGAACGAAGCAGCCGGGCGCACUGACAUCAUCCACUUUGGGAAGACCUUCCACAUGCUGGAGCAAGGGCAUGUCAUUGAUCCAGACUCCCAGCAGGUGGUUGGGAUGAUUCGUCCCAUGAACGGAGACUUUGAGUUCUUUGAUCCCAUCCCAUUACCUGUUGCCGAUUUCAUGAUGAGACGCGGGUUUCGACUCGAGGCUCCAUCUGCGAGGCUCACCCAUGGACCCUUCGUGCAGAUCCUGCCUCAGGUGGGGGAUGAUGACGGAAUCCCAGAGCUGCAUUUGCAGAUGCAGAGUGCUGGCAAUGCAAAAGCGCUGAAGUAUGCCCCAAUCGAGCAGCGUGGGAACAAGGACUUGAUGAUACAGGCAAUGCGGCAGGCACAAGGUCCCCAGAGCUGGAAGAUUAUGCUAUGUGGAACCCAAGAGAUCCUUGCAGACCGAGAUGUUCUCUCUGAAGCUGUGAAGCAGGACUACAGCGCCAUGGCAUAUGCAUCAGAUUACUACAGCGAUCGGAACUUCAUGCUGCAGGCGGUGCAAUCACAUGGAGUUGCUUUGCAAUAUGGCACAGAGGAAAUUCGUUCUGAUCCAGAUCUUGCAUACAUUGCCGUGAAAGCAAGCUGGCGUGCUCUACGAAAUGUGUCUGAGAAGCUGCGGGGAUCUUCGCGCAUUGUCCGAGAGGCCGUGAAGCAGUGCUGGCAAGCGUUGGAGUAUGCCUCAGAGGAGCUUCAGGAUGACAAGGAUGUGGUGAAUCUCGCUGUGAAGCAGACUUGGCGUGCACUCCAGUUUACUUCUGGCCGGUUGCGGGGUGAUGCCAGCUUUGUGCUCAAAGUGGCCUCACAAAGUAUCGAUGCGCUUCACUUUGCAACUGACGCGCUUUUGAACAAUCCCGAGUUCAUGCAGCAGGCGGUGCAGCUUGAUGGCAUGGCGCUACGCUUCGCUGCAGAGGCUGUGAUCGACCGACAGCUGGUGCUGCAGGCAGUUCAAGGGAAUUGGCGUGCACUUCAAUAUGCUCCUGAACGGCUUCGUGCAGACAGGGCGGUGGUUUUGGAGGCCGUUCGACAGCAUCAUUCGGCACUGCAGCUGGCAGCUCCUGAAGUGUUGCUCGAUGAGGAGUUGAUCUUCGAAGCAGCCCGACGGCGACCGGACCUUCUGCGUUGCCUGCCGGAUACACCUCGCUCGAGCAGAGGCCUGAUGAUGCGCAUGGUCAAGUUGCACCCAAUGUCGCUUCAGUAUGCUGCGGACAACAUCCGCGGCGAUGAAGAGAUUGUGUUGGAGGCUCUCCGACGCAACUGGAGAAGCUUUCAGUUUGCCACGACCGAACUGAAAUCAUCGCAGAGGUUCCUCCUGCAGGCUGUGCAGUUGGACGCACUUGUGCUGUCCUUGGCUGAUGAGGAGCUUCGGAAGGACCCACAGAUCGUUUGCGAAGCCGUGGAGCGGGAGUGGGAGAUGCUUCAGCAUGUCUCCGAGGAUCUUCGUGGCAACCAUGCCUUCAUGCUGGAAGCCGUAGGCAUUGAGGGCCUGUCGCUCAAGUAUGCCUCGGAAGAACUAAGUCACGAUCGUGAGCUCGUUGUGGCAGCAAUUGGAAAUUCUGGGCAAGCGCUGGAGUUUGCUGCUGAUGAGCUUCGUCGUGAUCCUGAGAUUGUUUUGAUGGCCACGCGGCAGGACUUUGAGGCCAUUUGUUACGCUGAUGAAGCCUUGACCACCGACUUUGGGUUCAUGUUCAGAGCAGUGCGGGUAGAUGGGCUGGCAUUGAAAGGUGCCUCCAUUGAUUUGCAAGCCGAUCCGGACUUAGUCCUGGCAGCAGUACAUCAGAACUGGCGUUCGUUGAGCUAUGCCAACCGGUCGCUGCGAGCCAACCUGGACUUCAUGCUUCAAGCUGUGGGUUUGAACAGCUUCGCGCUGGCAAUGGCAGCGGAGGAGCUCUGGAUGAAUCCACAGUUGCUGGCCGCUGCUGCGCAGGAGCCCUCCGAGGAGUCUCCAGGUGUGGAGAAGAAUGCGCCAGAAGUUGGAGUCGAUCUUCGGCGGUUACUGCAGCAAGCUCGACCCAACUGGUCAGAAGCAGAUCUGCAGUCCGCAGAGCAGAAGCUGUCUGUUAUUGGCGUGACCACGGUACCUCUUCUUGCGCAGGCAGCUGCCAGCGAUCUGAACGGUCGUCUGCGUGCGGCAGGGCAGAAGAUUUUCACGGCCACAACCGUCAUGGAGCUCAAAGCACGCUCAGCAGCGUCCAUGGCAGAAGCGGCCGAAUGCCCGCCUUACAUUCUGAACCGGUCCCACACGGAGUGCCCUGACAUCACGGAGGCUGGAGGCCUAGGUCUGGAAGGCGUUGCUCGGCGCUGGAAGCGCAGCUUCGUCCUCACAAGUUUGCAGUUCGCCGGGCUUGCAGCCCUCCUGUGCGGCGAUGUUGGCGCUUUGCUGCUUGUUUGGAGAGGGGAUUGGAGAUUUGUUGAGCACACUGUGGUUGCUCUGUGUGUCGAGAUGGGUGGUCGACACAGCCAGGAUGAUUCGCUGCACGACAGCACGAACUCCCCUCCAGACUCCCCCCGAGAUCAUGGAUGGAGGAAAUGGAGGAUAAACAAGAUCGUUUCGAGGCUUGUGAUUGCUUUGACUGCAAUUUUCCUGAUAGGGCUGCUGGUCCGCGGGCCAGGUUUGGGAGGUGCCUCUGCGACAAAGCAUCGCUUGAAGGGCACAGCCCUCCUGUCGAAAGGCCUGCAGGAAAAGAACCGACCUGCAGAUGCCAGCGAGGACGAUGUACAUAUAGCAGAUGAUGCGAAGGAGCGCCCGCCGCGCCCUUCAAUCGCGCAAGCGGAUGAGGACACGGUACAGGUGGCCGAGGAUGCCAAGGAGAACCCCGAGCAUUCACCAAGCACAGCACCAGAUGAGGACACCAUUCAGGUGGCCAACGACAUGCCAGAGAGUUCGCAGGAGCGCCCAGCAAGCUCUUCAAGCAAGGCCGACGAGGACACCAUUCAGGUGGCCAACGACAUGCCAGAGAGUUCGCAGGAGCGCCCAGCAAGCUCUUCAAGCAAGGCCGACGAGGACACCGUUCAGGUGGCCAACAACGUGCCAGAGAGUACCGAGGAGCCCUCCACGAGCUCAUCGGUGGCAGCUCCUAGCAAGGCCGAUGCUGGAGAAGUGGCCAAGGAAUCUUCUCAGGAGCACACUUUCCCAACAGCGUCCACGGGAGGCGGAAGCCAGGCGGAGGUGAGGGCAGAGGCAAACAAGGAGGCUCUUCAAGCGAAGCCUGACAUGGAUCUAGCAGAGAGCUUCGAGAAGGUGCAGGAGCUACCCACCCGGCCACCCACGGCCGGAACAUUGGCUCCAAUUCCAACCGGAGGGCAGAUGCCCAUGGAAGUGGAGGCAGCAACAGACUCCGGUGCCCCAAAGGCAGCUGAGCCAGUGCCCACUGGUGGUUCACAGCACGCCGGACACGUGACUGCGGAGUCAGUGCUGACGCGCCUGGCAAAGGAAGAGCCUGAGCCGUCCACAUCUGCUCAAGCUGAUCCGGUCACUGCCCAAGCUGAGCCAGCAAACAUGCUGGCAAAUGCAGCGCCAGAGACUCCUCCAAAAGAGACUGGGGAGGUGGCGGCGGAAAAUGCCGCCAUGCCGCAGACUGAUUCAGUUGCAGUCACGACGUCUGAAGCUCCGUCACCCGCUCCUCUGACAGCCAGCGAGGCUGCGAAGACGCAUGCGCCCAUGGCACCAGUUCCCGAGCAGGCUUCGUCCGCAUCGGUUGCCGUUGAGAAAGAUGCGUUGUCCAUCAUGGACGCUCAAUCUCCCUCCAAAGAUCUUGGACAGGUGCGUGCGGAAAGCAUGGUGAGGCCACCAGAGAACACGGAGCAGACAGAGCCAAGCGUUGGGCAGGCCGUCGAAACAAGAGCUGAAAUCAAAGCGGAGUCGCCGACUGCAGCCGAGACGAACCGCGAGCAGGCGAAGGUCGCAGUCGCUGAGCCGCAGCUGGAGGUGAGUGGUGUUGGAUCGGUCAGGUCGGAUGCGAGCGAGGUCAAGUUGUCGCAUGAUCUUCCGCUGCAAGAGGUCGCAGAUGUGCACGUUGAGUCAGAAGAUGUACAGCUGACUGAUGAUGCUCAAUCUUCGACAUCGCUGGCAGCGGUGAGUGAUGGGACCCUGCUAGAGAAGGCGGAAGGUGCUGUAAUGCGAGCCGAAGCAGGUCUGCAGCAAGCUGAAAAGGAUCUGGCACAGACAGGGGGCCAGGUGCUUGAGCAGGUGCAAAAAGUUGCUGCUGCUGGGCAAGAGAUGCUCCAAGGAGUGGAGGAAGAAGGUUCCGCCGUAGCUCGUGAAGUGCAAAAAGCCGUCGCCGAAAGUGGUGAGAUGCUGUCGAGCGAGGUCGCAAAAGUGGCCUCGCUGGCUUCACCAAAGUGA